AGUUGACGCGUUCAACAUGGCAGUUGGUCUUUUGUCGAUCGUCUUGGCAGGACAAAUUUUGCUGGCUGCCUCUGAUUAUUCUGCUUUGGAUGCAGAAGAGAAUAGAGAUGGUGAGUUAAUGGUGCUACCACGUGGGCCCGUCCCCAGGGCUAGUUUACGGCAGAUUUUUCGAGACGACUUCAACUCAUUAAACCGGAACCAUUGGGACCUUGAUGCGAGUGCGUCUCAGGGUGGGCACAACGAGUUUCAGAUCUACUCCCCAGAAAGUCACAACUGCUACACCCACAACGGACAUAUGUACUUAAAACCCACAUUAACGUCGGACAAGUUUGGACUGGAUUUUCUAUUUCACGGCACACUGGAUGUAAAAAAGCAGUGGGGCUACUGCAAUCCAACGUGGAACAAUGGCUGCUACAGGAACGCCCCCAAAGAUCAUUCGAUCAUACCACCUAUAAUGUCAUGCUAUAUGCGCUCUAAAGUUUCCUUCAAGUACGGGAAACUGGAGAUCAUGGCCAAGAUGCCCAAAGGCGAUUGGUUGUGGCCAGCUUUGUGGCUGAUGCCGAAACACGGUCAUUACGGAGGAUGGCCGAGAUCGGGGGAGAUUGAUGUCGCCGAGCUCCUGGGAAACACGAACUAUGGCAGUCUGGGCAUACAAAGAACCACCGCCUCUCUACACUUUGGUAACGAUCGAAGUCACGACAAACACUUAUCAAAUCAGCACUGGCUACAUGGCUCAACGUAUGGUGACGGCUUUCAUAAAUACACGUUAGACUGGUCGCCUUCGCAUAUCAACAUUUACAUCGACAACACUCUGAUACUGGGUACACCAAUGCCCGGGGACGGCCUCCAUCACCACUACGGGCUCGCCGGAAACAACAUAUGGGGGUCCUCCCAUAAUGCACCUUUUGACCAAGAUUUCUACGUCAUUAUGAAUGUAGCCGUAGGAGGCACCGGCGGGAUAUUCCCGGACAAUGUGAGAAACUACCCUCAUCCCAAACCCUGGAGCAACCACCAGAGCUCCGGCGUAGCCAUGCAGAACUUCUGGAACCACAAGAAUGACUGGCUCUCCACCUGGCACGGUGAAGAUGCCGCCAUGAAAGUCGACUCCGUGACCAUAUGGACAUACUAACGGACUCAAUGGAGUGAAAUGUACAUGACAUGAUUACACGACAUACAUGUUUUGUACUAAGGUAUUGAAUGAUGAACUCUCAAACAAUAUAAGUC